GUACUUCCGGUGCGUUAUUUCCUUUCCACAUGCUUCAGAUCCGACUCUCUUAAUUUCAUGAGCAGAAUAAUAAACCCAACAGGACGUUACCAUGUUUAAACUGGAAGGACUAGGUCCCAAGCUGGACCCGGAGGAAAUGAAGAAGAAGAUGAGGGAGGAUGUCUUCACGUCCGUGCGCAACUUCAUUCUGUACAUCGCUCUCCUCCGAGCCACUCCAUAUGUACUGAAGAAGCUGGACAGCAUAUGAUCGGGACCCGUCCCGAACCUGUUCCUCCAUCCAAUGGCAGGUCGCGACCCCAAGGGCAGACUGCAGGUCAACAACACCGCCGUCAUGAGAGACUCCACUGCAGCUGUGUGGAAGAUCAAUAGGCCCACUGCCACCGAGAACCAGCCCUCCACUUUUCUUAUUCCAUGUCGUUGUUGAAGAGAAUGUAACUAUUUGUGAACGUGUAUGCAGAAGCAGUAUCAAUGUGUGAUAUAAUAAAAUACAAUGUGUUGAA